UUCAAUUUAGUAUUACGUUCACAUUCUGUUGAGGUUGUUCAGUGCACUUAAAUUUGAUACCAAGCCAAUUUACAGAGGGUAUUUUAUACCAAAUAUGAAUCUAUAACUGGUAUUUUGGGGUUUGGGAUCCGUACUUGGGUGAAAGAUAUAUUUUUGAUCACGUUUGAUCCUUUUGGUCGGUCGCUGCCAAAGCAUCCAUGCAUCUAGAAAGGUAUUGAACAUAAUUAUAUCAUUUAUAUACGGAACGAGUAUAAUAGAUAGCUAUGCGAACUCAACGGACAGAUAAGAACAUGGCUUCCGAGUCGCAACAGGAUCGCUGCUCUACAUUUGCGAUUCGUCUACUCAUGCUUUUCGCGUUAAUCUGUGCAUGUAUCUUUGUAUCUGUCUACUUCUCACCUUCUCUCUCGCCAGUCGGCCCCAAGACGGUCAACAUGAGUGUGAUAGCCGACACGGCUCGAAUCCCUGACCUGACAAACUGGACCGAUGAUGUCGUGGAAAACAGGACAGAGUAUGGGUGUGGAAAUGCCAGGUUCACUGUCCAGGAAUGGACAAUGGUCAAUCUACCCAUAGCGGCUGUGAUCAUCCUCUUCUUCGGUUUCUUUCAACCUCGAACACGACUAUGGCCUGGAUGCUGCAGCGGACGACCAAGUGUAGCUUACCCUGUCAACUUACUGGACUCGUAUUCCGAUCGGCUUGCCUUUGUGUGUGCGUUCGGUAUCACGUGUAUAGGUAUCCUUGAUCUCUUCACCGGUAAUUAUUACGUCGAACCCAACUACGACGACCUGCCCGAGAUGGUACGAGGUGCUGUACGUAGCUGCAUGGCCUAUGUAAACGUGUUUGCCAUUGGACUAGCUCACUAUCCAAUCAUGAUAUGUCUAACAGUACAAGCCUGGGUGGUUAGUGACGUCAUCGGAAUACUUUACACGUUGGAAUGGGCAUUUUUCUAUUACUACUCUCUGGCGGAAUGCCCUUGGGGAGAAUCUGACGAGGGUAAUGUGAACAACCUCAUUCUGUUACCAAUCUAUCUCUGUUACAUCAUUCUACUGGUUCUCUUCAUCAAGAGGAUGUACAAGAAUUACACGAUCAGGAAAAAGGUUAGACAGGGUCUGGAAGUGGAGAUCCAUGACUAUGAAGAAGACUUUGUGAAAACACACUUCUAUCAACGAGUCAAAUAUUUACUAACACCAAAGGAUGAAUGGGAAAGAGACAAGAAAGAACCUGGAUCAUGCCAAAAGUUUUGGAACAGAUUCUACGAGGAUGAACCAGGUUUUCGAUUUUCCCGUCGUAUCAUCUGCACCAUUGCCCUAAGUGGACUGUGUUUAUUUUGUAUUGGAAUUAUUUAUGAAGCCAGCGGUGUUUACCUGGAACGAUGGGCUGCUGAAACAUUUAUAGAAAACGGAUCACUGUAUAACUACCUCGUUGAAAGCAAUAGCACAGCUUCUUUCUACACGUUUAAGGAAAUCGCAGAUUCAUUUGCCUAUUCAUUUUCACCCACAACAUUCGUAGCAAUGGGAGUAAUGAUCUGCUAUAAUAUGGUUACAUUUAUAGCAUAUAGGAGAAACACUCUCAGGUUAUGGCGAGGAGACAAGUCAUUUUGCCCGAAAGAGGACUUUGCGAACACAACCUUAGUGGUCUGUAGUCUGAAGUAUUCAGGGUAUCACAUCGCGUUUGUUCUAUGGGGUUUUAUUCUGCUCCAGUUGACGCUAUGGCUUUUAACCUUCCUAACCAUCUAUCUUCUCGUCCUACCUAUCAUUAACAAGGAACGAAAUUGGGUUUGGACACUUAUAAGGAAUCAGUGGUUGUCCGUAGUUGUAUAUAUGGUUGUGUAUUACAGUCAGGUGAUCUCAGCGAAAUUUCUAUUUCUUCAGCAGCGAGGAAAAGAGCUCAGUAUAGACAAUAGGCGACUUUUCCAUGUCCAAGUGUAUUUCUUCUUCUUUGUCAACGUCAUCAUCGGUUUGGCAUCUUGCCUUCUUCGGAUAUUCAAGUCGGUCCUUUUCGGUUUAUUAUUGGUUGGGCGGAUAGACCGGUGUUUAUUGAUGAGGGGCUUCGAGUUAUAUGAUUCAGGUUACAAGGCGUAUUUAGGAUUUCUACAACUGGAAGUUGCUCACACUCAUCCUAUUGUGAUUACAUUCUGCCAUUAUCUUCUAAAAACUCAGAGGGAUAGGAAAGAAAAGGUCUUUGAAUUCACUGAAGAUGAAGAAGUUGAUAUUCCGAUUCCAAAAAGAGUGAAUGUAAGAGCACGAAAUCGUUGGUACCUUGUCUAUACCUUAAUACGUAACCACCGUCUGCUUGCCGAACGAUUCGAUGCCAUACUCAGCGCAAAGAGAGACGAAGUAAAGAGACAAAUCGAAGAAGAGAAACAGAAGAAGGAUGAGAAAGUGGUGAAGGAAGCGGUGACAACAUUCAUCAAUGAUGACGUCGUCGAGAGCGACGGAGUUAGAGAAGAGAAUUCCAAGGCAAAGGUCGUAUCGGUUACAUCAUCAACAGCUAAAAUCGAAGAUGAGCGGGAAACGAACUUGACGAUGACGUCGGAUUACGAUCCAAGCUCGGGGGCGUCACACUCUGACUCGUCACCGCUGCCGCGUUCAGGAUCGCCUACACAGACGUGGUCGACGAUCAGCAUCCUGGAAAGCCCCCAAAUCACACCAUCGCCAUCUCCUGUGAAUGAGACCAAGGCUGACGACGGCAUCAAGGACCAAGAUGGGAAUACUAUGUCGAAUGAGACUGGGUCACCUGGUUCAAAUGGAUCGCAAGCGAGUUUAAUAAAACAUGAAGAUGAAGUCUCAAACUCUUCGGUUAGUCCUCUCGUCAUUGAGGAUGAAGAGAUGAACUUACCAGGCACACCUAUACGAGAACAAGAACAACACAUAAUGAUAAAGAAUGAAUGAUGAUUUGAAAUUCUGUAUUUUAUAAUACGAUGAACAAAAUGAAGGAUAUAUGAUAACUGGCCAGGAUGAGAAAGUAAAAUACUUAAUGUUUAAAGUCAAUGCAGAAAUGACGAUUCAUGUUUACAGUCGACACCGGCGACUUCCCAUAGACUGAUAGAGCUUUGUGUUGCCUUUUAACUACCAUCCCGGUCAUAAUAUAGGAUUCCUGUUUACCAGUCGAAUAUGUAUAGGCCUACGCAUUCCCCACUCCCUGUGGAAUAUUUCAGCAAUGUGAAAUGGAGCAUGAUAGGGAGAAACAUGUCGUAAAACCGAGAACUGGUCGAUGUCAAUGAUAUCCAUUUAUUUCCUGCUGGGCAGCAUUUUCAUCAACAUUUUUCGUCCGACACAGUUGUCAGAUGAACAACUUUUUUUUCAAAAUUCGAUUGGAAGAGAAGCACUGUUGCUAUGGGAACUGUCUAAUAAAAUGCUUGUCAGAUAAAACAUCGGACAAGACCUUGCAUGAAACGCUACCCUGAUCAUAAGUUUCAUGCAUGUGAUUUCAAUCGCGUUCUGCUCUGCGGUGGAUUAUUUUAGGGGCCUAUAAUCGUGAUAAUAGACCACAAUCUCGCAGAGAAUGGACUGAUGUUAAUAAAGCGUCCAUAAAUUUAUUUUUAGGCAAAUUAUGUUGCCAUUUUUAGUUUUCGUGUACAUAAUGAAUAAAGAGCAUGGUAUCCACAAUAUCAUGAGUGCAUCAGCAACAAUCUGCGUUUAUUGACAUUUUCGAAUUUGUGCGUGUUUUUUUAACGUAAAUAUAAUAACUUGGGAAUUUAUUAUGACUAUAAAUUCUAUUUUGUUCACUAUCAUAUCGGUGAACAAAGUUGGAGUCACUUCUUUUGGAUUCAGUGGUUUGUAGCCCCCCCCCCCCCCGUU